AUGGAUGUGAAAACUGCCCUCAAGUCCAAGCUUAGAGGAUUCAUACAAGCACGCAGAAAAGCUCAAGCUGCCCAUAUGCGUGCCUUCCUCCUGUUCCUGCUGGCUGUGCCACUGGCGUCCAGCUGCCGCACUGCCCCAAGCACAGAGUGCCAGAAACCACCAUUUGUGCCAGGCCACAACCUGGUGGGAGAGGGCUUCAACAUUGUGCAAAUGAAGACCACGGGUGCCUACGUGGUGAACGUGAAGGACUACAUGACAGGCGGGGAACAUGGCAACUGCACCAUCUGUAACAACAAGCUUCUGAAUCAGGAGCAAAAGCUACCAGCCGCUGUGCUGGACUGGAGGAUCAAGGUGAUGUGUCAACGCAACAUCAGGUCUGCGGUGUACGAGUCCAGCAGGGACAUGCUGAGAGAGAGCACCAGCAGCACCAAGUCAAACUGGAAGUUGGGCCUGAACCUGCCCAAAGGCUUCGACCUGGCCAUCGGGGGCACGCACUCCAAGUCAGCCAAGUUCACCCAGAGCCAUUCUUCUCAGGAUAAGUUCUCCUACACCAGCCACAAGUUCUCCUGCAGCUAUUAUUCUUUCCGGCUUCAUUCCAGUCCCCCCAUGACCAAAGAAUUCAUGGGUUCAGUUCAAGCUCUUCCUGCAGCCUACAACAGCCAGUCUAAGGCUGCCUACGAGAACUUCCUCACCACCUACGGCACACACUUCCUGCGGCAGGUGAACCUAGGCGGCUAUGUACGCUCAUCCACUGCUCUUCGUACCUGUCAGGUCACCAUGAGCGGCCUGUCCAUCCAGGAUGUCAGCAACUGUCUCUCAAUGGAGGCGGGGGUCAUCGUCAAAUCCGUGCCAAUCAAAGGGCAAGUAGAGUACUGCAAAAGCAAAUCCAACAAACUAGAUAAAAAGAACAGCUUCAGUGGCUCUUUCUCCGACCGCAUCACAGAGGUGCUGGGGGGUGAGGGGGGUGAAGGUGACCUCCUCUUUGAUGGGUCAGAAAAGCAGAACGGCUACAACACCUGGCUGAAGACACUGAAGAACGUUCCAGGUGUGGUGUCCUACAGCCUGACCUCACUCCACAUACUACUGAGCAAAGACCCAUCCAGAAGAGCCAGCCUGAAGAAUGCCAUCCGAGAGUAUGUGAUGAAAAAUGCCAUACCUAUAUCCUGCUCUGGCAAAUGCAAGUAUGGUCAUCGUGUCAACUGUGCAUGCAAAUGCAGUAACCACCAACGGGUCAACCCCAACUGUUGUCCAAGUAAGUUAGGCAUAGCAGAAUUGAGCGUGACGGUGGUGAGAGCAGCAGGACUUUGGGGAGACUACUUUAGUAAAACUGAUGGCUAUGUGAAAGUUUUCUUUGAGAACCAGGGUUACACAACUGGUGUUAUCUGGAACAACAAUUUUCCCGUCUGGAACUACAGGAUUAAUAUUGGAACUGUGGAUUUGACACAGAAUAAGCCUCUGACGUUCGAGGUUUGGGACCGUGAUAAUAAAUGGGAUGAUGACCUUCUGGGAAAAGGUUCCAUGAUCCCUAAGCAAAGCAAAGAUAUGAAGCAGAGCUUCAAGUUGAAGCACGGCACCCUCUCUGUCUCUGUCACUGCCACCUGUGGGCCAAGCCUGACAGGACAGUAUUGCGAUACGUAUGCUCCAUCACCUGAAUCAGCAGACAUACUCACCUACCUAGACCUGGUGAAGAACCAUCGGCCCACCUUGCUACAAGGGGUAUAUGCUGCAGUGCAGAAUCAGACCUUCCUCUGAGUUUUGAGGAUUAAAAAAAAAGUCAGUAUUCAUAUUUACAUUGUACUCUUAUUGCUUGUCUUUGAAUAACAUAGAUACAAAAUAUACAGAAAUAUGCUUAAUACAAAAAUGUGUGAUGAUCAUAAUGUGUAAUAAUUGAAUUUAUUGCUUUAUAUGAUUACAUGUACAUUAUGCAAAAUAGCCUCUGUUUAUAUUUUAAUACUGUACAUUGUAGUUUGUCAUGAUCGCGCAUUUCACGAGACUAUAGAAAAUAUCAAAAAUUUCUGUCUGGUUAUCAAUGUUAUUGAUGCUACUCAUAAUAACCUUUUGCCUGAAAGUCAUUAGUAAGGGCCAAUACAAUAUUUUCACAUAUGAGAACAU